AUGGCCACACAGCAGCAGCACCAGCAACAGCCACGCUUUGUGACACCGCGAUUCUACCGCCAGUACAACCAGCGGAACCGGCCUGCAGCGCCCCCUAAACCUGGCUCCUCGUCGCCGCACUCGCGAUCGCGCUCUUCCACCUUGAGCAAGUCCAGCGACACCGGCACCAGCACGAAUGGCCAGCUUCAACCACCGUCAGCCCACCAGAGGAGCGUAUCCAUGACCUCUCCGCCGAACCCCAGCACCAGCACCAACACAAACAGAAAGUCCGCUCCUACGCGCCCGGCGCUCAGCCUCAUCCUCCCUGGCAGCCAGACCCUCACUCCCCCAGACUCUCGCUCGCCCUCACAAACGCACCUGCGAUCCUCCAGCUACACACUCGGCCAGAACCAGGCGCAUUUCACUCCAAAGUCUCAGUCCCAGCGCACAAUCAGCGAGACCCUACAUACCAGGAAUACCACCGUUCCAAGUAUCAUCACCACGCCGGUCUCGCCCACGGACCGAGACCGAUCGCCUGGCGAUACGCGCGGGAGUCGCAGCAAUACGAGCGACGCCGCGAAGCCUGCAGCGACUGCGAGUCCCCGCCCCAGAGGACCUUCGCUUAGCGCCCUGCAGGCUGUCACUCGACAGACGCCCCUCAAUUCGCAUCCCCGGACUCCAGAGAGCACAACAGCAACAGCGACCGCUGAUAACCCUCCAGAGACGGCGGAUGCACCGGAACCAGCUGGACCUGCUCCAACUGCAGUAAACACCGAAUCUCAAGUCCAGUCGGAGCCGGUGAAGCCAGAGUCGAGCGAGAACCCCAGGACAACAACAAAGCAGGCUCCCCCACUGCCCAGCGAGGGUCGCCAGCCAACCCCUGAACAGGAGACCAUGACGCCAGUGGCAGACUUGCUGCGCUUCAGACCCUCUCAGAUUUUCAGCGACAGUACUACAACUGGAGGAACGAACUACUCUCCACACCAGAAUGCGAGCGCACAGCCCAGAAGCUCCGUCGCGACACCGGCUGCAGUGCGGUCGUCCAUGCCCGAACCACCGACCCAGUCCCACGUCCAGAUCCGCAGCUCGCGUCUCUCAUUCACGAAUCUCAAGUCGAAUCUGAGCCUGAACACUCUGUUACAGUCGCAGCCCUCUGGAUACCAGGCGUCACCACCAACCGCGCCCUCCCAGUCCAGCACAAGCACCACAUCUGCUUCCACUGCACCGUCCACAUUCUCUCCCCAGCCCCAAACGCUGCCCACCCCAUUAUCCUCACCCCCACAACCAACACCAGCGCAACCGCAGUUCCAACCUCCCAAUCCCAAUCCCAAUACCGAUCCCAAUCCCCACGAUGCAUCCUCCCUCCUAGCCCUAACGCACCACGUCCACACCCAAACCUCCCAAGCCCGCCACCUCUUCACCCAACUCCAGCACUACCUCCCCUUUGUCGAGAAACAAUGGAUCCAAUCUACAAUCGGCGACACCGAGGCAGCCGCCCGGGACAUCCUCCUUCUAACCGAGUCCAUGCGCAUCGACCAGGAAACGAACAACGGCAAGCUCGGCCUCAAAACGCAGUUCCGGUGGAUGAUGCGCGAUUCGAGACGGGCUAGGGAGCGGAGGGAGCGGUUGGUUCUUUGCCAUGCGAGUCUUGUUGCUGUGUUGGUUCGGCUUGAGGGUGUUCGGGCGAGGGUUCCGGAGACGGCUUUUUCUGCGCCUUCGUUUGUGAAUCCGGGCAAUGGUGCUGGACCAAGCCCUGUUCCUGCCGCUCCAGUCGAGAUCUCAGCGUCGUCUCCUGCUCUUCAGACGGAAUUUGAGCAUGACCUUCCGAUUCAUAAAAGUACCCCCCAUCUAACGAAACCACUUACCACCGAACCAACUGCUACGGCUGCCACUGCGGAAGUCAACGCAAACACAACAACCAACUCGCAGGCAUAUCCACCUCCACCAACUGCUGCACCACCACCUAUCCCCGUCCCAGUCCCUAUCCAGAACAAACGCGAUAGUCCGACCUGGGACCUCCCCACGCAGCUGCAAGACGCCGACAAGGAACUGGUAGUACACCACGCGCAGCCGCCUCCUGUCCCACCGAAAGUGAAAAUCGAGGAGGAUGCAAUCCCUACUUCUACUGCUACUUCCACUACUUCGACUGCCACUGCUACUGCUGCGGCUGGAACUGGCACCGCUAAUAACAAUCCCACGAAUGGCUCCAUCGUCAGCGGCGCAGGCACCGAGACCGAGACCGAGACGGCCACAACCACAGCGACAGGGACACCUCGGACCAUGAGCCCCGUUAGUCCCGAGGGCCCCACGAAACUCGAUAAUGAAUUGCUGGAUAUGCUUGAGUGGCGGUGGAAGCAGGGGCGGGCUGCCUAA